AUGCCCAAGGCGCGGGCAGGGAAGCGGCCGGAGCGCCGGGAGGGCCGCGCCGGCGGCAUUCUCUUCAACACCGGGGCCGGGCAGCACAUCCUGAAGAACCCUCUCGUGGUGAACAGCAUCAUCGAUAAGGCUGCCCUGCGCCGCACGGAUGUCGUUCUGGAAGUGGGCCCGGGAACUGGGAACCUGACAGUAAAGAUGCUGGAGAAAGUCAAAAAAGUUAUUGCAUGUGAAAUUGACCCUAGACUUGUUGGUGAGCUUCAGAAGAGAGUCCAGGGCACGUGUCUAGCAAAUAAACUUGAAAUCAAGGUUGGAGACAUCUUGAAAACAGACUUACCAUUCUUUGAUGCAUGUGUAGCUAACUUGCCUUACCAGAUUUCUUCACCUUUUGUUUUCAAAUUAUUGCUUCAUAGACCUUUUUUCAGGUGUGCGAUCCUUAUGUUCCAAAGGGAAUUUGCACUUCGUUUGGUUGCAACACCAGGAAGUAAACUGUACUGCAGACUGUCUAUUAAUACCCAGUUAUUGGCUCGAGUGGACCAUCUGAUGAAGGUUGGAAAGAACAACUUCAGGCCUCCUCCCAAAGUCGAAUCCAGUGUUGUCAGAAUAGAGCCAAAAAACCCACCACCACCUAUCAACUUCCAGGAGUGGGAUGGUCUGGUAAGGAUAGCCUUUGUUAGGAAAAACAAGACACUCUCUGCAGCAUUUAAAUCAAGUGCUGUAGAGCAGUUGCUGGAUCAUAAUUACCGAAUUCAUUGUUCCUUACAUAAUACAGAAAUCCCUGAAAACUUCAAAAUUGCAGAGAAAAUACAGACAGUUCUAAAAGAUACAGGUUACUCUGAAAAACGAGCCCGCUCAAUGGAUAUAGAUGAUUUCAUUCGAUUGCUACAUGGCUUCAAUUCAGAAGGAAUCCAUUUUUCAUAGAUACUCCUAGAAAGAUGCUGUAUGUUUUUCACCAAAGUUUUACCCAAGCCCGAGUGAGUGGAAUGGGACAAGCUCCUCAUGAAAGCAACAAACGGAAUACAGCAUAUAUGCUUGGACUCAAAAUGUUAGAUGUGGUUUUAUCACAGACAAUAGGCAAGAAGCUACUGCUCACUAUUUUAAAAGCAGUAAAUUCUUUCAGAGCUGAAGUGAGGUGCUGGACUACCUCAUGACUGUUUUUCUAUAUAUAUAUCCAAACAUAGAUUGAUGGUAAUUGAAAUCUGUGUUCUCUGAUGAUGGACUUCACCUUAGUAUAUUCAUGCACAAUACUCAACAGUACAACCCCUAAGGGGUCUGGACAACAACAA